AUGGUAUGGAAUGCGCCUGUCAAGUUAACUGAAGGAGUGGAGGAGGCAUGGAAGCCUACGAUUAACUUCCCGUGGUGGAUCAUCUUCGUUGGUGACGCAUUGUAUGGGUACUUGAUGACGAUGAGGGCUUCCAGAGCAGCUGCGGCGGUACUCUCAAAAAUGUAUAAAAGGGCUGAUAUCGAGGCCCAGUUUUACCCAGAGCAAAACGCACUUCAGCUCUACUACUACAGCAACUUCACCAAGCAACCCAACUCCUCAGCUCAUUUCAAACACAAUAUCGAACCGACACCAAUCGACGUUGGCGGGUGGUAUGUUAUCAACAUCUGGCAGGACACCACCAGGGUCCUUACCAAUGUCAAUAACGACAUCUACCUGCGCGACUACAACGAAGGCGACCAGCACCAGAUCUUCUACGCCACCCGCGACGCCGAGAACCGCCUCGGCUUUGUCUGCGUCGGCACCAACAAGCGUAUGGGGCGCAACCGAUACGAGAACGUCAAGUGCGAGGACCCCCCGAGCGAGCAGGGGUCCUGGCAGGCGUUCUACAUCGAGGACGAGAGUGAUGGGAGUAGGAAGAUGUCGAUGACCAUUUAUGACAAUCUCACCCCGAUGGCGUACGCCUCUGACUCUGGAGGACAGUACUUGACCCUCUCCAGCGACGGAAACCUCAGGUUUGGAUUCACCAGGGUUGGACCUCCCUCUUAA